AUGGAGUCUACAUUAGAAUUUCCUCAAGGCUUCUUUUUCAUCCGAUGCAAAAGCCAACCAUUUGCCAUUGAUGUCAAUGGUGGUAGCAUGACGAAUGAUGCUACCAUCAUCAUCUGGCCACAGAAAAUGGUUGAUAGUAUCAAUCAGUUGUGGAUGCAUGAAGAAGGAUUCUUGAUUAAUAAAAAAUCAGGAUUAGUGCUCGAUAUUCGAGGCGGCAACAUUGAGCGUGAUAAAGUGAUCAUUCAGUAUGCUCGCAAGCCUGGAUUGGCGCACAAUCAACGAUGGACAUAUCAAAAUGGGUUCAUAUUCCCUACUUCUGCACCUCAUCUAGUACUGGACAUUCGAAAUGGCGAGUUCAGGAAUGGCAGCACGGUAUAUCUCAACACCAAGAACCUGCAUUCAAAGACACAGCAAUGGAUCAUUCAACCGUUCGAGAACGAAAAGUCUAUCAAUGAGCUCGCUCUGCUUCGACCCUCACCACUGCAACGUACAUCGACAUUUCCUAGACAAGAGGAGCUCUAUGAUUGCUAUCGUAUGGUGUAUUUGGAGCCUAGCCAUAGCAUCACGGCAGAGCAGUUGGCUGGUGCUGCUGCAUUUAAAGCCAUGAAGGACUUCAUUGCACAGUACAAACAAACACACCAAGGCCCAGUUGUUGCUGAUGAGCAAACCAGACCUGCAUUGCUGGAGCUUGUCAAGAAAGAGGUUGUACAAGCAUUGACCUCGAAGCAUGUUGAGCACAAUUUGCAAGAAUUAGUUCAAUCAUCCAUUUCUGUAGCAGAAGCUUAUUUCAGCCGAGAAUACAAUGCUAAUUGA